GCAGUCUAACCUAUUUAAUAAAUGCGCGUGCGCAAUAUGGAAUCAUACCUCAAUGCUAAUUUUUUAACAGUCGCUUUGUCAAGAAAUCUUGAAUGUACAUUGGGAAAGAAGUUUUUGAUAUUGAAUAAUUCAUUUGUACGAUAAUUAAUACGCAAAGUGAAAAUAUCUUAAUAACGAUUCUUUCAAUUUUUGGAGCCAUGGCUGGCAUUGUACCAUUAUCUGGUAGAUCUGGAAGAAAACAAUGGACACUGCAUGAUGGACCAAGAGGUUCUCUUAGAAGAUUAAGAUCUCAGCUAGCUGAAGAUGGUUGCCCAGAAUCUCAAGUAGUUUUAGCAAAACAAUUGUUGGAAGAAAGAUGCGAUUUAGACGUUGACAAGGAAGAAAAUGCAAAGUUAGGUGUAUAUUGGCUUACAAAGGCAUCGGAGCAAGGGAAUUUGGAAGCAACAGAUAUACUUAGAAAAUGUUUAGCCACUGGCCGUGGUAUAACGCAACAUAACUAUUAUGAUGUCAAAACUUGUCUUGACAUGACUCAAGAUGAGAAAUUAGCUAGGAGAGCAGCAAGAGAAAUGUUUACCAGUUUGUCAAAUGGCGAGGAUUUUAUCACAACAGAGCAGCUACAAAAACGUAUGAAAGAUAUAGCAUCAAAUUCAUCCAGUGAUAACUAUUCUUGUUCGAAUAAUGUAGUACAUAAUAACUCACAAAAAGAUAUAAAUGAUGUCUCAACUAACAACUUUCCUAAAAAUGAGCUUCCUGAUGAAUGUACAUCUAAAAAGGAUGAAGAUAAAGAAAACAAUGUCCACGAAUUACAUUUUUUAGAUUGGAUGGAUCAUCAAGGAGAGAAAAUAACAGAAGCAGCUCUUGUUUCUGCUGCUGCUAGUUAUGCUCGUGGUAUGCUCCCAAUAGUUUCACACGCACUGUGUAUGAUAGAUCCAUCUCAAAUGGCAUUAGAUACUAUACCGCUGCUACAAAGGCCUCUCAUUCAUCCCCUUGCAUCUUUGAAACGUUUGUAUAUUUGGUUGAUUGAAACGCUAGGUCAAAGGGGAAUGUCAAUUAAGAAGAUUCUCUUCACAUCGAAUAUACACAUAUUGUUACUUCUUUUACUGUACUCAUUAUUUGGUACAGAAAGCCUCAUACUUUUCGUACCAAUGGCUCUAUAUUAUUUAUCUUUCGUUGUUAUGGUUAUCGCUACUUUUCAAAUGUUACAACGAAAACGCGAAUUCAAUAAUUUUCGUGUUUGGUCUGGCUUGUUCCUCAGUUACUCUGGUGGAAAUUUAAAUCCCGACGAAGCGGAGUAUCAAUUUUGCUGCAAUAAUCUCAAACCUUAUGGCCAUUUCUUCCUUGCUUUACUCUUAAAUCUAAUGAUUUAUCCUAUCAUAGCUCAUCAAUGGACACCUCAGUCAGAAUUCACUAUUAUAGCGGUUGCGUUGACGCUGAUAACAUUGUUAAACUUUAUAUGGAAAGAUUCGUCCAAAUUUCCGGAUCUUUUAGCUCUCUUCAGUUUCGGUGUCCACGUUUUGGCGAAGUAUCCGUACGAAACAGAUAUCGUAGUUGCCCAGGGUUGGAGAUUUUUAGACAUAAGAGUCCCAACGUUUGCCUCGUACGUUGUUGGUAACGGUAUCGAAUUUUGUUUGAACUUUCGUGCAGUUUUUUACCUCCUAAUCCCGGCAGUGUUUGCAAAAAUGGCUGCUCGGGAUAACUGGCGAGGAACCUAUCAAACUUUGAUACCGCAUUGUGUUACUUUAAGUUGGUGGCAAAUAGCGAUCUUUAGCUCUCAAGGUGCAACGUGGUACGGCUUAAUUAGGGGUGCUCUCGCAUUAGUUGGUAUGGUCCUCUUUUUACCACUUGCUGGAUUGGCUUCUAUUAUUUUGCCAAUCGUAGCCGCUGCUAAAUAUUUGUCUGAAAGCGAUUUAGCAAUGAGAAUAGCUGUAACUACUUUACUGGGAGGGAUGCCAUUUCUUGCCUCUUGGUAUUUAAGGAAAACUCGAACGCCUAAGCUCAAUUGGAUAAUUACCGUUGUACAGUUGGUCAUGGGUAUCAGUGCUGGCAUGUUUUUAUCAUGGCCAGUGAUAAUGGAGUACAAACAAGAACCUGACACGUACGAAGGUGUUUCGUCACUUUCAUGGGAACAAUAUCAAAAUCAUUGUCAUCAGCCUGCAUGGGAAGAGCUGUCGUCCAAGGCACAGGUGCAAAUUCAAUGUGCCAAUUUGGAAGGAAUAUUAAUUUCAUGGGAAGGUUACGUAACAAAUGUUAGGCUAAAAUCAAUAAAAAAUAAUAUCGCGGCAAUAUUCGACAAACUGCCUGAUAGUAUUAGAGAUGUAGUUAGUUGUAUGUAUGGAGAACCGUAUAUUAACAGUUGUGGCUCAAGCGGCGAGUUGAGGCAAGAAAAGUGCAAGCUUUUCGCGAGCGUUCAAAGACGACGAAACAAAUGUCACUUUCCCGCUUGGAAUAAGUACGAAUUUGAGAUUACAGUUAAAAUGAAGAGUGGUAUGUGGGGGAACAAUGCGGAAAUUUUAUUGAUCGCGGAUCACUCUUUUACCAAUUUUAGUUUGAAUAUAUAUCCAGGCGAUAAAAUUUGGUUUUCUGGUACAUUUCUGAACGAUGGUUUAGAGGACGAGUCGUUACUCGGUGGAUCCGAGCCUCAUAUUGAUUUGGAAGAAAUUGGUUGUCUCGCAUGUCAUUCUAUUAAUUUAAAAUCUUAUAAACGUUAUAAAUAUCACAUAACGAUUAGUUCGAUUUUAAGCGAUCUUUAUUUAAGUGUAAAAACAGUUCUGAACUUUUUGUUGAAUCCUAUCGUAAUGUUUAAAUAGUCGCAUCUUGUGCGACUAUACAAUGUAUGAAAUGUACAGUAUCAAGCGUUCUCUCGAAUAUUAAGAUAAAGUUAUUUACAAAGA